AUGGUGGAGACCGGCUGCUUGGGGGGCUGCGGGGUGCCUGUCUCGCCCGCAGACGCCGCUCACGCCUCCCAGCAGGGCACCGAGGGAGCCAUGUCUCAAGGCAAGGCCAGGAGCCAGCCCAGCUACUCCAAGAAGCAGGGCUCCAAAGUGGACGUCCCCCAAAAGGCAGACUUUGAGGAGGAGCCCCCGAGUCCCAGCGACAAAGCCCCUGGAGCGGGGGAGCAGGACCAGGCCAGGGAUAAAGAAGCAGAGGUCAGUAGCGUGGGGACUGUCCCCGGGUCGGGCAGUCAGUCCAAGGGCAGGCUGGCGAGCCCCUCACUGAGCCUGCCCCCGCACCUGCGCAAGCCCACCACGCUCCAGCAGUGCGAGGUGGUCAUCAGGCAGCUGUGGAAUGCCAACCUGCUGCAAGCCCAAGAGCUGCAACACCUCAAGUCCCUGCUGGACGGGGGCCAGACCCCCAGGCCCACCCUGGACAAGCCAAUGCCCAGCUCUCCCAAGGACCAGGAGGCCAUGCCAUCCCCCAAGGCUGCAGCUGCCAGGGGCCUGUCUAAGAAGUGCCUGAUCAUGAGUCCCGUGUCCCUCGCGGAGAGGGCCAUCCUGCCUGCCCUGAAGCAGAGCCUCAAGAGCAGCUUCACGGAGCGGCAGAAGCGGCUGCAGGUGGUGCAGAGCCGGCGUGUGCACCGCUCGGUGCUCUGA